CUUACAUUGGGGAUCAAUGGGAAGCAUGCCCCUUACAUUGGGGAUCAGUGGGAAGCAUGCCCCUUACAUUGGGGAUCAGUGGGAAGCAUGCCCCUUACAUUGGGGAUCAGUGGGAAGCAUGCCCCUUACAUUGGGGAUCAGUGGGAAGCAUGCCCCUUACAUUGGUGAUCAGUGGGAAGAAUGCCCCUUACGUUGGGGAUCAGUUGGAAGAAUACCCCUUACAUUGGGGAUCAGUGGGAAGAAUUCCCCUUACAUUGGGGAUCAAUGGCAAGAAUACCCCUUACAUUGGGGAUAAGUAGGAAGAAUGUCCCUUACAUUGAGGAUCAGUGGGAAGAAUGUCCCUUACAUUGGUGAUCAGUGGGAAGAAUGCCCCUUACAUUUGGGGAUCAGUGAGAAGAAUGCGUCUUACAUUGGUGAUCAGUGGGAAGAAUGCCCUUACAUUUGGGAUCAGUGGCAAGAAUGCCCCUUACAGUGGGGAUCAGUGUCAAGAACGCCCCUUACAUUGGGGAUUAGUGAGAAGAACGCCACUUACAUUGGUGGUCAUUGGGAAGAAUGCCCCUUAGAUUGGUGGUCAUUGGGAACAAUGCCCCUUAGAUUGGUGGUCAGUGGGUAGAAUGCAC